GUGUGGACGUGGGGGGGGGGGGACGAGGAAAGGGUUGGGCUUACUGAGUCACAUAUCACAACUGGAGUUGCGCCUCGGUCAUAAACCAAAUUGGUGAGGGGGAAAAAAAGAGAAAAAAGAGUUAAGAAGGUCCUCGUGUGCGGCCACCUACAGAGCCGCAAAAAGUAAGACGUCUCCGUGCAUCCGUUGCUGCUCUGUCUCCUCAUCACCACGGAAGCAUCGGGAGACGAGCACGUUGCUUUUUCGACUUUGGGACUGGAGCGCUUUUGUUUGGCUGGGAAAUGAUGGCCACUUACCAAAACCCGGACGCCGACGCAAUGGCAUUGAUGAUCCACGAUAGCAACACCUCCAAGGAGAAAGAGCGGCCAAAAGAGGAGCCCGUCCAGGAAAAAGUCGCCGAGAAGCCGGAUCCGUCUCAGAAGCCUCCCUACUCCUAUGUGGCCCUCAUUGCCAUGGCGAUCCGAGAAAGCUCCGAGAAGCGUCUCACCCUGUCUGGUAUUUACCAGUACAUCAUUAGUAAGUUUCCGUUCUAUGAGAAAAACAAAAAGGGCUGGCAGAACAGUAUCCGGCACAACCUGAGUCUCAACGAGUGCUUCAUCAAGGUUCCGCGGGAGGGCGGCGGGGAAAGGAAGGGCAACUACUGGACUCUUGACCCGGCCUGCGAGGACAUGUUCGAGAAGGGCAACUACCGGAGGCGCCGUCGAAUGAAGCGCCCGUUCAGGCCGCCGCCCACGCACUUCCAGCCCGGGAAGUCCCUCUUCGGAGGGGACGGUUACGGCUACCUGUCCCCACCCAAGUACCUGCAGUCCAGCUUCAUGAAUAAUUCGUGGUCGCUGGGCCAGCCGCCCACCCCGAUGUCGUACACUUCCUGUCAGAUGGCCAGCGGCAACGUGAGCCCGGUCAAGGCUCUGUCCGCCCCCGCCUCCUACAACCCCUACUCGCGGGUGCAGAGCAUGGCGCUCCCGGCUAUGGUGAACUCUUACAACGGCAUGAGCCACCAUCACCACCCGGGCCACCCCCACCACUCCCAGCAGCUGAGCCCGGCCACCGCCGCGCCGCCCCCGGUCUCGUCCGGCAACGGAGCCGGCCUGCAGUUCGCUUGCUCCCGCCAGCCUGCGGAGCUGUCCAUGAUGCACUGCUCGUACUGGGAACACGAAAGCAAACACUCGGCCUUGCACACGAGGAUUGAUAUUUAAAUGUGACUUGUUCCUGUGAUUUUGAUUUUGAUGGGUUUCUUUGUUUGUUUGGUUGUUUUUUUUUUUUGGUUUUGGUUUUUUUGACCAUGUUCGGUUGCAGCCAUGCAGUGGAGGUGCCGAUGUUGACAAACCGGAGUCCCGGUGUAAACGGGGUCACCGAGGCGCAUCAGGUAGCGCAACAUUUAUCAUCGAACUGUCUGUUGAUGACUUCGCUGUGUACAACUAAAUUUAUAUUUCCACGGAGAAAUGAUUGUGGAACUGUGACAGUGCGUACUUCUCAACUUUACGCACGGCUUCACUCAAAAGCCAAGCCAAAAUAUAAAGUUGAAUCUCAACUUCAGCCUUCUAAAAACUUUGACUGAGCCAAGCUUGGAUGGUUGUAAAUCUUUAGGUGGGGGAAAAAAAAAAAAAAAAAAAAAGAUUUAUCGUCACGAAGACAAUUCAGGGUGUUCCAUGUUACAUGUUGUUGUUGUUGUGUCCCCCCCCCCCCCCCACAUAUUAAUUUCCAACAACAUGAAAUGGGCCAGGACCAGGUUUUGCAUGUCCUUUAAAAAAAAAAAAAAAAAAAAAAAAAAAAUUACGUGAUACUGUAUAUUGUUUCAUUCAUCUUGGGGCCAUGUUUAAGUUUA